GAGGAAGAGGAGGAUAAGGAGGAGGAGGAGAAGGAGGAGGAGGAGAAGGAGAAGGAGGAGGAAGAGGAGGAUAAGGAGGAGGAGGAGGAGGAGGAGGAUAAGGAGAUGGAGGAGGAGGAGGAUAAGGAGAUGGAGGAGGAGGAGGAGGAGGACGAUUAG